AUGGCAUUGGUCACCUCAAAAGAAGCGCAGCAAUACGCCACAAUCCCCCGUGCGUCUAUGGAUGAGGCUCUAAUCCCAGGAUUAGUGUCCAAGGCGCUAGACCGACAAUGCAGGAAGGGCUUUUGUGAUUUCGUGGACGCGGUAUUUCCGAACAUUUAUUACAGCUACAGCACUCGCGUGGAACUUCCUUGGUUUGAGAUUGCUCAGUACGACCGAGGUGCCGGGAUUGCAAUGGAGUGGGGGUUUCGCAGCCUUGGGACCUUGCAGCUAGGUAGAGUAAAUGGCAAUCAACGACAGAUUCUUGCCAGUCUGGAAAUGUACGGCCGUGGAUUAAGCCAUCUUAUUAAAGCUGUCAGGAAUCCUGCUACAGUUGGCACGGAUGAUACCCUUGGAGCCGCAAUCCUGUUAGGCAUUUAUGAGUUGAUGAAUGCAACAGAGGAAAACUCGUGGCUGCUGCAUUCACGUGGGAUAUCUCAUCUUUUACGUCUAAGGGGCGCGAAGAGGCAUGCGAGUGGGUAUGGCCGCACUCUGCUCUUAUCCUUUCGAGGACUUCUGGUUUACGAGGCCUUCACUCGGGGGGAGGCAUGUUUCCUGGAAAGCGAGGAAUGGAGAGGAACUCUUCCGGAGACCCUAGAAGACGAGGAACGGCGCGGCAGAAGCUGUGGCCUGGGCCAGCUGAUGGAUUAUGCAUUCAAUGAGAUAGCUCAGUGCCCGGGGCUUCUUGCCAAGACCAAGAGUCUAGUCGCCUUGCGAACUACCAAUGCGGAGAGAGAGGAGUUAAUGGCCGCAAUCAAUAGCAGCCGAGAGGUCCUGGGUGAUGUGGAAAUCCAAAUACUGGCUGGGAUCAAGGCUGACCACGAAGGGAAUAAGAAAGAGUCUCAGGCUUUCUUUGGAUUGAUUCCCCGUUGUAACCAAAAUGCAUCGGUGAAAUUCACACUCGAGGGUGUUCAUUCAGCGAUCGCACUUCUCCGACAGUUGUCAGUUGUGCUAGUGUCCGAUCGGAGUCGACAAGAAGCAGUGACACCGUGGCUGAAACUCGGACCGUGUAGGCAGGACUGGAAGGUCAUAAAAAAGCUGGGGAAAUUGCUCGGGCCCAAGAAGAUACUCGACUGCACCCAAUAG